AUGACAGUCCCCCAUGCCCAGAGGCAGCAGAUGUCUAACAGCAGCUUCAUCACCCAGUUCCUCCUCCUGGCGUUCACAGACACACGGGAGCUGCAGCUCUUGCACUUCUGGCUCUUCCUGGGCAUCUACCUGGCUGCCCUCUUAGGCAACGGCCUCAUCUUCACCACUGUAGCCUAUGACCAGCGCCUCCACACUCCCAUGUACUUCUUCCUCCUCAACCUCUCCCUCCUCGACCUGGGCUCCAUCUCAACCACUCUCCCCAAAUCCAUGGCCAAUUCCCUCUGGGACACCAGAGCCAUUUCCUAUGCAGGAUGUGUUGCACAGGUCUUUUUCUUUCUCUUCUUGAUAGUAGGCGAGUAUUUUCUUCUUACCGUCAUGGCCUACGACCGCUACGUUGCCAUCUGCAAACCCCUGCACUACGGGACCCUCCUGGGCAGCAGAGCUUGUGUCCACAUGGCAGCAGCUGCCUGGGGCAGUGGGUUUCUCACUGCUCUGCUGCACACUGCCAAUACAUUUUCACUACCACUCUGCCAGGGCAAUGCCAUGGAACAGUUCUGUGAAAUCCCCCACCUCCUCAAGCUCUCCUGCUCAGACGCCUACCUCAGGGAAGUUGGGCUUCUUGCUUUUAGUGCUUUUCUAUUUUGGGGAUGUUUUGUGUUCAUCGUGCUGUCCUAUAUGCAGAUCUUCAGGGCCGUGCUGAGGAUCCCCUCUGAGCAGGGACGGCACAAAGCCUUUUCCACGUGCCUCCCUCACCUGGCCGUGGUCUCCCUGUUUAUCAGUACCAGCAUAUUUGCCUACCUGAAGCCUCCCUCCAUCUCUUCCCCAUCCCUGGAUCUGGUGAUGGCUGUUGUGUACUCGGUGGUGCCUCCGACAUUGAACCCCUUCAUCUACAGCAUAAGGAACCAGGAGCUCAAGGAUGCUCUGAGGAAACUGAUGACUGGAUGUUUUUCAGCAGCCAUAGACUGCCUACUUUCCUCUGCAAAGGGCUCCCAGUGUAUGUCAUGA